AGGCGACGGAGACACAAGCCCAAGGGAAAGGGAGAAGAAGGGGCCUAGUUCGCCUCCCCAGCCCUCGCCUCGAUUUUGGCCUCUCUCUCUCUCUCUCUCUCUCAGAAAGGGUCGUUGUGACUCUCCAGAGCCAUGAGUCAGAGGCAGGUCCUGCAAGUCUUUGAGCAGUAUCAAAGAGCCCGAACACAGUUUGUGCAGACUGUUGCAGAACUUGCUACUAGGCCACAAAAUAUCGAAACACUUCAGAAUGCAGGUGUAAUGGCUCUGCUGAGGCCGCUCCUAUUGGAUGUGGUUCCAAAUAUUCAACAGACAGCUGCCUUGGCCCUUGGGAGACUUGCCAAUUAUAACGAUGACCUGGCAGAAGCUGUAGUUAAGGGAGAUAUUCUUCCACAGCUUGUAUAUUCAUUGGCUGAGCAGAAUCGUUUCUAUAAGAAAGCAGCUGCAUUCGUAUUAAGAGCAGUUGGAAAACAUUCUCCUCAACUAGCCCAAGCUAUAGUUGACUGUGGAGCACUAGAUACCCUGGUGAUUUGCUUGGAAGAUUUUGAUCCUGGUGUAAAAGAGGCUGCAUCCUGGGCUCUUGGCUACAUAGCAAGACACAAUGCAGAACUGUCACAGGCUGUGGUGGAUGCUGGAGCCAUUCCUCUCUUAGUAUUGUGUAUCCAGGAGCCAGAGAUCUCUUUGAGAAGGAUUGCUGCUUCUGCGCUCAGUGAUGUUUCAAAGCAUUCUCCAGAGUUAGCACAGACCGUCGUGGAUGCGGGGGCAAUUGCUCACUUGGCUCAGAUGAUCCUCAACCCUGAUGCCAAACUGAAGCGUCAGGUGCUAUCAGCUCUCAGCCAGAUAGCAAAGCAUUCUGUGGAUCUGGCAGAAAUGGUGGUUGAAGCAGAAAUUUUCCCUGUUGUACUCACAUGCCUGAAGGACUCCGAUGAAUAUGUCAAGAAAAAUGCUGCAACUCUAAUUAGAGAGAUAGCAAGGCAUACGCCUGAGCUUUCACAACUUAUAGUAAAUGCAGGAGGAGUUGCUGCUGUCAUUGACUGCGUUGGCAGCUGCAAAGGAAAUGUUAGACUCCCAGGGAUCAUGAUGCUGGGCUACGUGGCAGCUCAUUCGGAGAACCUUGCCAUGGCAGUGAUAAUCUCCAAGGGAGUUCCACAACUGGCAGUGUGCUUGUCAGAAGAGCCAGAAGAUCAUAUUAAGGCAGCAGCUGCAUGGUCUUUGGGACAGAUUGGGAGACACACUCCAGAACAUGCUCGGGCUGUUGCAGUAGCAAAUGUGUUACCCGUGUUGCUUUCUUUCUAUAUGGCAAAUGAGAGUUCAGAAGAUCUUCAAGUCAAAACAAAGAAGGCAUUAAAAAACAUCUUACAGAAGUGCACUCAUCUGCCAGCACUUGAACCUUUGCUCCACGAUGCUCCUCCCAACAUCCUGAAACAUGUUGUAGGACAGUUCAGUAAGGUUCUGCCACAUGAUUCUAAAGCCAGACGUCUUUUUGUAACAAGUGGUGGCCUUAAAAAGGUGCAGGAGAUAAAAGCAGAGGCUGGAUCCCUUCUUCAAGAGUACAUCAACACAAUUAACAAUUGUUAUCCUGAAGAAAUUGUCAGAUAUUAUUCCCCUGGAUAUUCUCAAGCACUUCUGGAAAGGGUAGAAAAUUAUCAGCCUGUUCUAUAAACUGUUCAGCAUUUGUGAUAGAAAAAUUACCUUUUUAUAUCUGUGUUUUGAGUGGCAAGCAUAUAUAUAAUUUCAAAACUUUUAGUGUGGGAGAAAUUAAGUCCUCUAUUCUGUUACCAAUCACCAAAGAUAAAAGGCAGAUGUAUCUUUCUGCCUUGGAUCUACAGUUUGCUUUCUGGUGCUAACAAGAAAGACUGUCAUGUGCUUAUAUUAAGAGGUCGGAGUUUCUCAAAUAUUGAAGACCUAAGAACAGAAGGUCCAGCAUUCCAGAUGUAUCUCUAGUCUUCAGGACAGUUAUUCCAGUCAGGUCCUUAAGAAAAAAUUAAGAAUAUUACUAUGUGAGAGGAUUACAGCACCAUCCACCAAGUCCUGGAACUAUAUAGCCUUCGCUUUGUGUCAGUAGGGCGUGCAUGAAGAUGUCAUUUGCAGCUUUGCCCAGCCUCGGUUGAAAUUGCUUGCAUGUGAGCAAAUAAGUAUCAAACUAUGCCUUGAUUUUUGCCUUGCUACCACUUCAGCCUUUUCCCUCUGACAUCUUGGAGAGCUAAUAAGCUGAUGAAUGUUUCAUCUUAACAUGCAGGUUUUUGAAUGGAGCACCCUUUAACUUUAGGAGAACAAUUUGAGUCAAGCUAGUUUUAAGGAAUGGCUAAGUAGUUACAAAAAACUGAAAGUAUGCCUAGCAGUGAAUCUUGCUUGAAAGAUAUGCCAACAUUUCUGGUCCUCAAAUUCCUUAAAGUUAGUUUAAAAUAAAGUUUUAAAAAUAGCACCUUGACAACAUCUUGUUGCCCAACAUGAUAGCCCUGGACACUACAAAAUAAAACUAAGUCCAGUGUUGAUCAGAAAUAAUGUAUGACUAUUUUAUUAUGCUAUCAUCUUGAAUUCUUUUUAUUUCUCUCUGAAAGUUUCCCUAAGCAAUUAUAACAGAAAACAGUUAAAAUGCAUUUGACAGAUGAAACAUUACUCCCAUCAGGUAAUGUCUACAAAUUGCUUGGCAAAACUAACAUCCCAGAUACCUUUUGAUUUUCAUCUGGCUUGUAGGCCUGGUGGAUCUUAAGUACACUUGGGUCAUUUGUUCACAUUUAUCCUUAAGCAGAGAAAUACAUCCUAAGCCAGCAAAAUUUUGUAUUAAUUCUGGAAGAUGUAUGGGCUUCAGUGAAUGGUGGCAGAGAGUUACUUUGGCUGCAUUCCCACUGUGAUUUAAAGUGAAUUGCUGAUCUAGUUAAAGGACCAUCAUUCCCAUUUGAAAUAGCUUCCAGUCCUACUGUGAUUGUUUUCAAUUGCGAUGAAGUGAGGCAAACACAAAAAACCUGCUCUUACUUGGCACUAGUUCUUUGGUGGUUCUUUUGAAAAGAAUCGAUUUUGAAGUGUGUUCAACAAGUGGGAAUGGCGGAUCUGAAUCACAUCAUUCUGGAGGGGAGGGACUAACGGCAGUGGUUUGUUUAUCAUCCCUCCUCAGUUUUUGGUAGAUCCACCAUUCCCCCCUCCUCCCAGUGCUGUCUUUGUGUUUGUGCUGUGACCUAUGGGCGCAUAAUUUUU